AUGAAUAAUACUUUUGGCAAAACAUAUGCUGAAACAACGCAAAGAAUAUGCAAUAUUCCUAGUAUUUAUGAAACUACAUUGAGCAGUGUUCGACUUAACGAUAUAACAAAUAAAGAGAAUAAAUUCAAACAGAUUGGCGAUAUCAACGACAGUAAAUAUGAUUUGGGAGUGGAUGGAGCGUUCGGUCAUUAUUCGAUUUUGUUUAUUAUUCUUUAUUUAUGUAGGGGAGAAACAGAUGAUGAUGGCAAAGUGAUUGAUGAAUUUAUUACUGAUGAAGUAUUGAGAAAUGGAAAGGAAGUGAAUGGAGAAAGAUUCUCACCAAUUGCUAAAUUAGGGCCACGGGUUGUAAACGGAAUAGCAAAAGGAAAAGGAUUUAACAUUCGUUAUGCUUAUGAUUACAAAACUGCAAUUGAGGAAUUGUCAAGUGGCAGAUAUCGAAUGACAUAUAUUACUUGUUCUCCUGGAGAUGGAAUCAUGGCAAAAGAGUGUGAUAAGGAUGUGGAUCAAUAUGUAUAUAAUUUUGUGAGUUGUGUACAUGAAUUCAACAUGAGAGGAGGCGGUGUAUUCUGGUUCUUGGAGAACUAUCCUUACACUUAUGAAGCUGAUCUGUACUUUAAGACAUUCUAUGGAUUUGAAGCAGUUGGGGACAAAGACAAAAACAUCAAAGGAGGUAAAGUAAUGAAACGAGUGAACAGUGAAACACCAAAAGCAGGUCAGUUCAUUACCAUUGGAGGAAAAGCAACAGAUCUUUUCAAUUUAUCUCACUUAGAUUUUGGAAUUGUGAGCAUUUUUGAAGGAAGAACGCUGUGUACGUUGAACGAAAAGAAACUAAUAGAUAAAGGAUUCCGUGUAUUUGCAAGAGAAAGUGAAGGAAAUGCUACGAUUAUGGUGAAAGAAAAGAGGGCUGAAGGCAAGGAAGGUCGAAUCAUAAUUGAUACCGCUGCCUCCAAACUGUUUUUGGAGUUUACCGAAGAUGGAACAGCGCGAUGGAUCAGCAAUGCUGCGGUUUGGUUGUGUAACACAGAGCAAUUUGAAGCAGAUCGAUUCUUGGAUCCUAGUGUGACUUCUGGUAUUAAAAUGGACGGAAUAAGACUGCCUGGAUUAAGACCAAUGGAGAAACGAGUAUUUGUGAGUAAUAGGCCGCGUCAGACAAAUUUCUGCAUGAGUAUUGUAAUGGACACAACAGGAUCGAUGUAUACCUAUUUAGAAGAAACCAAAAAGAACAUUGUCCAGAUUCUUGAUACCCUAAAGCAAGUAAGUAAAGACCAUAAUCUUCCUGAAGGAGGAAUUGUUGCACAGGUCGUACAGUACAAAGAUUAUGCAGAUACAAUGUAUGGUGAAACUGCUGAGUAUAUCACGAAUGAUAUUAGCAGAUUGAAAAACAAAUUGGAGUCAUUUGAAGUGGAUGGUGGAAAUGCUGGAAUGGAUUGCGAUUAUGGGUGGUGCGAGGAUGUUCAAGGAGGAUUGAUACGAGCUUUGGAGCAGAUGAAGAAACCUCCAUACAAUACAUAUAAUCACUUGAUUCUAAUAGUUGGAGAUUAUCCCAAUCAUGGAGAUCAUCCUGAUUGUGGAAUCACUCAUACUUUAAAAGGUGAGAGUAUUGAUGGGCUUUGGAAUAACAUUUAUCGAGAUAUUCGGUCUUUUUCCAGUAUCAGAGUGAUGUUUAUGCCAACUGGUGAUGCAACAAUUACAUAUACGAUGGAACGGAUGCAAUCAAUGCUAACCUCCAAAAUAGUGGAUAGUACUAUCAUAACUUCCGAGACUAACUAUGUGGAAGUUAUUAAGCAAACUGCUGUUAACGAGUACAAGCGGAUUAUUGGUAUUUCUUGA